AUGCCAAAAGAAGUCAAGCAAAAGAAGGACAAUCCUAUGAGAAAGGUCCAAAUUCAAAAGCUCUGUUUGAACAUUUCUCCUGGUGAAGGUGGUGACCGUUUACAAAAGGCUGCAAGAGUGUUGCAAGACUUAACCGGUCAAGUUCCAGUCUAUCACAAGGCUCGUUUGACCAUCCGUUCAUUCGGUAUCAGAAGAAAUGAAAAGAUUGCCGUCAGCGUUACUGUUCGUGGUGAAAAGGCCUACGAAUUGUUGGAACGUGCUUUGAGAGUUAAGGACUUCGAAUUGAGAAAUAAGAACUUCUCUGAUGCAGGAAACUUUGGCUUCGGUAUUCAAGAACACAUCGAUCUCGGAUUGAAGUAUGAUCCUAACAUUGGUAUCUUUGGUAUGGAUAUUUUCGCAGUUUUGGGUCGUCCAGGUUUGAGAGUGUCAAAGAAGAAGAGAUCUCCAGGAAAGGUUGGCGUUCAACACAGAUUGACUUCUAAGGAUGCCAAGGCUUGGUUUGUCGACAACUUCAAGGGUACCAUCCUCAACUAA